AUGGUCACUUCACAGAACCAGCCCGAGGGCACCAAGGACAAGAGCUCCAACCCCAUGCGUGAGCUGCGCAUCCAAAAGCUCGUCCUCAACAUCUCCGUCGGCGAGUCUGGUGACAGACUUACGCGUGCCGCCAAGGUGCUCGAGCAGUUGAGCGGUCAGACUCCAGUCUACAGCAAGGCCCGCUACACUGUCCGAACCUUCGGUAUCCGUCGUAACGAGAAGAUCGCUGUUCACGUUACUGUCCGUGGCCCCAAGGCCGAGGAGAUUCUCGAGCGUGGCCUCAAGGUCAAGGAAUACGAGCUCCGCAAGCGCAACUUCUCUGAGACUGGCAACUUCGGUUUCGGUAUCUCUGAGCACAUCGAUCUCGGCAUCAAGUACGACCCGGCCAUUGGUAUCUACGGAAUGGACUUCUACUGCUGCAUGACCCGUCCAGGUGAGCGUGUCGCCAAGCGUCGCCGAUCCAAGACCAGAAUCGGUGCCUCGCACAAGAUCGACCGCGACGAGACCGUCAAGUGGUACAAGAACCGCUUCGAGGGUAUUGUGAGGUAAACGCUGUCGGUCAAGAGACGGUGUUGAAGAAAGUCUUGAUGAAAAAAGCAUGGGAAACUGGCGCAGCAAGAGUUUGAGUAGAUACCCAAACAGACACAGAUGGCCUAUCGAAGCUCUCCUUCCAAGCAUGAGCAAGAUCAAUUCAAUGGAGGCUUCACCACUGCGUGAAUUUGCCGUUUAACCAUUCGAUCGCUGUCUCACUGCAAAUGUCUUUUCAUGUCAAGUGCUGCCGCUUGAACAGCGUGGCUCUUGAAUCCAGGUAGGCUUAUUCCUUGUCCUCAACUCCGCCAUGUCCCCUGCAGUCACUCCAGAGUGCAUUAGAGAUCUCUCCUUCUCUUCUUCUUCUUCUCAAAACUCAUGGAGAAU